AUGAAACUUAACUCCAAAAAGUGCAAAGAACUACGCGUUUGCUUUCUGAGGGAAUCACCUGAUCUAUCACCAUUGUUGAUCGACGGUCAUGCGCUUGAGGUUGUGCGGUCUCAUAAAGUCCUAGGUCUGGUUAUCCAAAACGAUCUUAAAUGGAAUGCACACAUAGAAUCAGUUGUAUCCAAGGCUUCUAAACGUUUAUAUAUCAUCCGCAUAUUACGACGAGGUGGUGUCCCUGCGGAAGACUUAUUGAGUAUAUACUUUGCCUUAAUACGAUCGGUUCUGGAGUACUGUUGUGUGGUAUGGCAUCAUGCCCUACCUUUGUACCUCGCCGAUGAUUUAAAGCGAGUGCAAAAACGAGCGCUGAGGAUUAUUUUACCGGGUUACUCUUAUAGGGAAGCAUUAGCACAACUUGGGUGUUCCAGAUUGGAUGAAAGGUGA